AUGAACGUGAAGAAAUUGCAGUACCGAUAUGAUACGCCGCCACUCAGCGAAUACAUCCGAAAACUUAUUUCGAUAGUAAUUUGUACGCUGGAAGCAGAAUUUCACAUUUGUAACACGAAAAUGCCACCGGCCAAAAUUGAAUUGGAGCCGAUCUCGGAAGGCAGUUCAGAUGAAGACGAUUUAGAGGGCGACAGUUCUGCCGAGAAACUACUACAUCGGCCGGAAACACUUUCCGUAAUAUCCUCUCAAACAAUCACCGUCGUCGAUGUAAGUGAGGGAAAGCUGGAAGCGAUUACUGAAGAAGGAGCCGAUGAAAUGAAGGAGCGAAAAAGCCGACUAAGACGACGCUAUAAAAAAAUAAGACGAACUAUGGUUCGGUUUCAUAAAUCUGUUGAGCUUUAUAUGAGUGUGUAUGGCAAUGCGCGAUCCGUUGCCGUAUUUUGUACAGUGACAGUAGGAGGUGGUGUGGUUGUGGAUCGAAGUAAAUAUCGUUGUGGAUACUGUAACGAGAUGCUCGAAAGCUUCGACGAAGAGACGUUGUCGCUGUGCAUGAUAGCUCUGGAAACUUUCAUCCACCGAGAAGCAGCGAUGGCGGCUCCCCUACUCUUUCGCAUCAUCAGCACGGUUUCAAGGUAA